AUGUCGGACUGCGAAGAUCAAAUGCGACGGCAAGCUCCCCGCAUGUUCGGCUUGCGAAAGGGUCGGCAAGGCGACCACUUGCUCCGGGCAAGUGAUGAAUUCGCCAAGGGAAAAGAAAGGAGUUAUGUCGCGUCACUGGAAGGAUAUUGUGAGAAGCUGGAAAAGAAGAUCAGUCAGAUGCGUGCCCGAUCAACCUCACUGUCUGCUGAGGGUGAUGGCAUCCCUCGGGAGAUGUCGAUCACCUCCGUCUCGUCUGAAAGUGCAUUGGGUCCUGCCCACCGUAGAGAGGUCUCGGAUAUUGAUGAUUUAGUGGGCGAUUUUGGUUUCUUGUCCGUCAAUGCGACAUCGCGAGACUUUCACGGCAUCACAUCGAAUACCUCCUUCGCCAACCUUCUCCUCUCAGUCGCUCUAGCCGAUUCUUCCCCACCAUCCUCUCCUUAUUCACUACCCGCGCGGCACGAAGCGACCCCGUUGCUACAACACUAUUUCGAUAACGUUUUUGUCCAGCUGCCUUUCUUUGUCGAAACGAGCUUCUGGACCUCGGUGGAUGCCGUAUAUCAGUCAGGUGGCCGGUUCGCCAAACCGUUCGACCAUUGGAUGCUGCGCAUGGUUCUUGCUAUUGCUUCGGCGUCAGUAUCAUACCAUUACAAUGAUAAAAGUCAUCAAAGGGCAUGGGCUCUCGUCUCAGAUGCUUUGACAUAUGCCGAGGAAGUUCUUCGCCCCGGGUCAAUCUCGGGAAUACAAGCAAUUCUACUGCUUGCUCAAUAUUCUUUGGUUGACCCGAUACGCUUCCGCAGCUGGUAUUUGGUUGGAAUGGCUGUCAAGGUUGCGAUCGAUCUGGGCUUGCAUCAAGACCCCCCUGCUGAAGUCUCGACUAAUCCUGACCGACUUGAUAUUCGCCGGCGUGUGUUCCAUUGCAUCUAUUGUCUGGACAGAGGAUUGAGUCCUGCUAUGCAGAGAACGUACUCGUUCUCCGAUGGAUCUGUGAAUGUCGCAUUGCCAUCAAUUGCCGCACCAGGUGCCCCCAUAGAGCAAAGUCACAUUUUCUUACGCAGCCCGGCACCCGCCUUGCAUAUCGUUAAAAUCCGACAGAUUCUGUCCGCAGGCUACCAAGAAAUGCAUUACAGUGGACGCGAUCCAUCCCCGCAACCCCUGGUCCUCAUCUGGACUCUGUGCUGGCGAGCUCGUGAGUGGUUCCAUCAAUGCCCGAAGAAUGCUCCCAACCACUUUUCACUUCUAUACCGACUGGAAUUAUUAUACACCAUUAUCAUCCUGCUAUCCCCUUCGCACCGAUAUCCAACACUCCACGACUACAACAAAGCUCUCCUAUUCGACCGGUGCAUGGACUACAUCAGCCAAAUUCACCAGGUCCUAGAAAACCCCAGCGCCCUGCCCUUCCUGACAUACCUGGACAUGCAGCGCGUGCACCAAGUGGGUCGAUUAUUUGUCGAUGUCCUAUCCGACAAUUACGACAAACUCAUUAGCGCUGCUGUCCCGGCACCCCCGUCUGUCCCCGCUGGGACUCCAGAGCCACCAGUACUGGGCGUCGAGGACUUGUUCAAUUGCCACGCGCGUGCCAUCCGCUGCCUGUCCUAUAUUCGCGACUUGCUCAAAUAUUGUGAUAGGAAGUGGGACAUGCAUGGGCAUCUUGAGCAGUUCGAGAUCGAGUCUGCCUCCAUAGAGAGCACUCUGGUGGAUGGCUCGAUGGGCUAUAUGUCGAAUCAGAUGUAUUCCCAAGACCCGUUGUCAGGGAUGCCGCUGGCCGGCGAUGCAUACUCGGGGUACCAUAUCGGGCUGUGA